CCUGCUGUAGCCAUCCGUCACCCGGAAGAGCUGUCCUUGCUACGGGCGCCCGAAGAGAAGGAUAAACGGAAGCAGAAGGAGAAAGAGGAGACCACGGCUCAGAGUUAUGACCUCACCAGCGUCCGGCUGCCAGCAAGCGCAGAGCAGCAGACUUUCCGCGGGAUGCCUGCACACUUUUCGGACAGCGCCGAAACCGAAGGUUGCUAUCGGAUGCUGUCAGUCAGCCAGACUAGCGUGACCCCCGAGCAGAUUGUCCGAAUGCACCGGCCGGGAUCCCUGGUGGAAAAGACCAGGAUCAACAGCAGAUGGCUGGAUUCGUCCCGCACUUUGCUACAGCAAGGAGUAAAAGAACAGGAGUGUUUAUGGCUGCGUUUCAAGUAUUACAGUUUUUUCGAUCUGGAGCCAAAGGUGAAUGCUGUCCGGAUCAACCAGCUGUACGAACAGGCCCGCUGGUCGGUGCUGCUGGAAGAGACCGAGUGCACGGAGGAAGAAAUGAUAGUCUUCGCUGCCUUACAAUAUCGCAUCAACCAGCUGUCCCUCAACGCCACCCCUGCGGAGCAGUCCAGCGAAUCAGGCCUGGAUGACUUAGAAAAAGCUCUGGCUAACUUGGAGGUCAAGCUGGAAGGGCCGGACUCAACUCUGAAUGUUUUGGACAGUCUCACAGCCAUCCCAGAGCUGAAGGAUCACCUCCGGAUCUUCAGGCCCCGCAAGCUGACCCUGAAAGGCUAUAAGCAGUACUGGGUGACUUUCAAAGAAACGACCAUCUCAUAUUUCAAGAGCGCAGAAGACGCGUUGGGAGAACCUGUCCAACAGCUCAACCUGAAAGGCUGUGAAGUGGUGCCAGAUGUCAACAUCUCUGGCCAGAAAUUCUGCAUUAAGUUGCUGAUCCCUUCCCCGGACGGAAUGAGCGAAAUACACCUGAGGUGUGCGGAGGAGCAGCAAUACGCCAGUUGGAUGGCCGGCUGCCGUUUGGCAGCGAAGGGGAAAACCAUGGCAGACUCGUCCUACCAAGCCGAAAAGGAGAACAUUCUCUCCUUCCUGAAGUUGCAGAAAACCAAUCCGGAAAUGUCCCUCACUGCCGAGACGGAAGGGACCCAAUGGCUCAUGUCUCCUCGCUACCAGAAGAAGUUCAAACCUAAGCAGGUAUCAUUCGUCCUCCAGGCGGCCGUUGUAAUUUCCCACAAUCCCCCCGGAGGGAGGCUGCCUUAGGAUCAUGGGAAAUGAACAGGGCUGUUGGAUACAACCGGGUCUGCUUGCUCGGAGUGGUAAAUAGAAUUGAAGACAAAACUUCAAUUGAAGUCAUCCUUAUCGUGAUCAUUGUCACUUCCUUCUUCCUCUUCCUCC